AUAGGUAAUUUCAGUUUCAGCACGUUAUGUGUACAACUAUUUACUUGACAUUUUUUUCACAUAAUUAAUAAAAAUUGUGGAUUACAUAAUUUGAAAAUCAUAACAAUAAAAAUAUUCAAGUAGGCAAAUUAUUACUUUUCAAUGCACAUAAGUGAUCAUCGGAAUUAUGUACCAGUGAACGCAGUUGAUAUUAACAAUAAUAAUAACAAUAACAGCCAUUGUCUGCACACGCAUAUUAAAAAAUGCUUUGAAUAUCUCUUUAACUCAUACUAAUGUUAGUUGUUGUCUAAAUGAUAAAAGAUUUAUUUUGGAAAUUUAUAUUACUUUUUUGUUUGAAAAUGAACUAUUCAAUGUUUCAAGAUCAUAUAAUUAUAUGGGAUAUAAAAAAUAAAAUUUUUUCUUUUAAUGCAACAAUUUUCAAAGUAAAAGAAGGCGAUAAUAUAGUGUUCAUUUGUCCAGCAAAUACACUGAGAAACCAAAAAUUAUUCUGGACAACUGAAAAAGGAAUCUAUGAAGAUUGUGGUACAUCAAGUUCAUCACAAAUUGUAAAACUUCUUGACUGCAAUCAAGAUGUUAAGAAUACUGAAUUCAUUCUCAAAGUAGCUCAGUUUUCAGAAAUUCCAUAUUCUCCACAUUUCCGAGAAAAUCAUUAUGUUUAUUUCCUAGGUCAACAAGAUUUAUGUUCUGUCUAUAAUCUUCGAAUAGCUGUUAAACUCGAACCAAAUAAUCAUGUAAAUAAAGAUGAAGAGUCGAAAAUUACAUCAGAAACCAAAGAAUUCAUAAACAACGACCAGCAAGUUAUGAAUGAAAUCACAACAGAUUCCUAUAAAUUGGAUUCAUCCAGAAACGAACCCUUAUCAGCAUGGAUACGUUAUCGAUUUCUUCUCAUACCUGGAUCACUAGGAUUUCUUACGCUUAUAGGAAUUCAGGCUGUGAUCUGUGCUUUAUGGCAUCCGAAAAGUCCACGUCGUUGUAAACACUGUUGUACAUCAGAUGUUAACCACCAACCAGUUAAAGAAACGCCAGAAGUAAGAGAAAUGUGUACAACAUCUCUAAAGCUGUUAGAAGAUUCAGUUACUGAAAGAUCUAUGCAUAAUCAUAAAAAGCAUUCACUACCGACAACUAUACGCGCAACACAAUCAAAUCCAAACGGUCAGUAUAAAAGUGAAUACCUUAAUAAUAUUUCCAAGAAAAAGGUGUUAGUAACUAAUUGUGUACACGAAAAGAGUGACAUGAUCACGCAAAACAUCAAUAAACCCCAACAAACAGUACAGCUUCUAACGAAUAAUGAAUUACCACUACUUACAAUCACCUCUUCACAAACAUCAUUAUCAACUAAUAAUAGUUAUAAUCCAUACAGCGUACAGUUAUAUACAUGUCCUUAUACUAUUGAUGGUAAUUUCGCGUGUUUAGUUCCAGUGAAGGUUAAUAAACCACCAGAUAUUUUUUCUAGCGAUAUAACUAAUUUGGGAAGUGUAAUUAAUAUAUCCGUGUGAUUUGUUUAUUAUUUGUUCUGUGAUAUUUUACUACAUUUUGAUGCUUUUGAAACUAAUAUCAAAUCUUUGCCGUUCGUCAUCAAUGAUAACGUUGAAUACUAUAAUUCCCAAUUUAAUGAAAUUGUAAUGUAUUAACUGCAUUUAUCUCUUUUUUUAUAAAGGAAACGGCUGUGAAAUUUAGUUUUUAAACAUGAUUUGGUG